AUGAAAUCAAAUAAUAAAAAAAUCAAUAAUAGUAAUGAUGAUUUUGAGUUACCAAAUUACGAUGAAAAAUAUAAAGAUUUAGAUUAUGAAUAUAGUAAUUCGCAACAACAAACAAGAAAUAAAAAUAAUAAUUUAAAAAAUUCAAACAAUAAUAAUAAUUUCAUUAACAAUAACUUUAAUAAUAAUAAUAAUAGUAAUAAUCACAACAAUAUAUAUAAAAAGCCAAUUGUUACAUCCCCUCAACAACAGAGCAAGAAAACAUUAAGAGAAAACGAUAGUAUUGUUGAUGACAUUAGCCAUGCCAACCCCACACAAGACAAAAUUGUAGACGAUGAUAAGGUCAGCUAUUCUCCAACCCCUCCAACAUUCAAAGACUCUGUGCGAAGAUCACCAAAUUCAUCCAAAUACAAAUAUGUUAACGAAGAGAUUGAAGACGAUGAUAGUAACAACAAUGAUAGUAUUGAUAGCGAAAAAAACAAACCAAUAACACCACCCAAGCCUUUGUCAACUAAACAACAACCUCCAACAAAUAUAUUUAAACUUACUAAGCAAUCACAACUAUUAAAAGAUGAAAUCAAAGUAGAUGAUGAAGAUGAUAUAAUAAACACUGAUAGUGAUGAAGACGAAAUUAUUACAAAUGACUAUCAAUCGGGUAUUCAACAGACUCCAAAUAAAUCACAAUUUGAUAGUAGCUUAAAAAAUAACAAAUGGUUGGGAAACCUUAUGUCAAAGAAUACUAACCCCACUGACCACAAUACAAGCACUCAUUCAACACCAACCAAACAGUUAAAACUAAAUAAAAAUCAUGUGAGAGGAGGCCUAGUAGAGAAAUUAUCAAAAGCAUUAAAUAAGAAACAAUAUUGUAUGGAUAUUUAUUCGAGAAAGUCAAAUAUCACUAUUAAUGCAAAGUCAACAUUACCAAAUCAUUUCAAGAGGGAUCUAAAUGUUAUAAUCACUGAAUUACCAUCACUAUUGCAACCACAUGUUUAUGUUACAAUUUGUAAAUGUACCAAUUGGGUAGAUAAUAAUGAAGAUAAUACUACCACAACCAAAUUCAUCACAGUUUUAUUCCCGAUGACCGCAAAAACAGAAUUAAAAUUAAAAUUGGGUAGUCAUGUUACUGUCGAAUAUUGGCAACUAGUUCAGAGUGACAAAUCUAUUACAAUUCUUUCACAUAUAUCACAUUCAAAUACAACAUCCACUACUGUUGUAGAUGGUCAAGACUCAUUGUUAUCUGAUGAAGAUAAAUUAUCAAGCGCAUUAGAAAUACUUUUAAUUAAACAACCACAAUCAGAUUUAUUGAAAUCGCAAAUCUUAAAAAAAAAUGAAACAAGCCAUUCAAAUACCAAAAAAGUAGACGCCAAUAAUCCAGAUGAAUCCAUUGACUAUUUAAUAUUAAAUAAUGAAACUACAGAAUUAGAAAAGAUCUCUCAAAACUCAGUUAAUAUCAAAUUACAUUUAAUAUUUUUUAAAGUUAUCAAACCUACAUCAAGAGAUCCAAAUUAUACAGUCUAUGCAGGUAAUCAAAAUGGUUUAAUGGUCGAAAUCGAAAUACCCCAUCAACUUAUUGAUCAAUGGAGUGGAGUAUUCACAAGCGAUAGCUUCUUAAAGGAAAUUGUUAUCACUGAUUUACUAUUCAUCUCUGUAAAGAGUGAAAGUAAAUACUCAUUCUUUGGCUCUUUCUUUUAUAGAUACUAUCCAAACUUUGUAUCUGAUCAAAGAGAUAGCUUUAGUAUUUCUACAUUUAGAGUAUCACCAACAAGUGUCUGCUAUACAAGAUCUACCCAAAAUCAAACAUUUACAUAUCAUUAUUUACCAAAUAAAAUCGGAACCAUCGGUGAAGUAUUUGAUGCACUAGCCAAAAGCCUGGUAACCUAUGACAGCGAACUUGACUAUUAUCAAAGAAUUUCCUUAAAAGGUAGAGUAAUCUUUAUUGAUGAUAGAAAGAAAAACAAAAACAUUAUUUCAAUCUACCUCGUAGACUCUAUGGAAGAAUCAAGUGAGCCACAACACAAUAUAGGUAUUAAAUUUCAGGACUAUAGAUCAGAUAUUUUAGACAACAUAAAAAUUGGUGAUUUUAUAGUGGCCAACGAUUGCUCUAUCGAAUUCCCUUACAAAUGGAAACCAAUAUUAUUAGUAGACAAGUUCUCGCACAUUGAAAUCGAACAAAGCAGCAGUAACGCUGAUACUGAUAUGGCAGUUAAUCAACAACAAAUUCAAAUUUACGACUCUUCCAAUGACGAAACAACACAAAUGAAAUCAACUAAAAUUUUGAAGCAUAUAAAAGAUUUUAUACCAUUAUCAAAUAAAAAUUUAAAUGAAAAUAUAUUUAGGCUUUACUAUCAAUACCAGUUCAUUUUGAAUUUCAAAGGUAAAGUUAUAGAUUGCAAAAGAGACAACAUCGUAUAUCGUGGUUGUAAACAAUGUCAUUCACCAGUCUCACCUUUUCCAGCAGAACAUCUAAUUGAAAACAACCACUAUACCACCGAAAAAUUAUUUUGCUCCAACUGUAGAUCAAUAGUAAAUAGUUUGUUAUUGGUAAAAUUAAAAUUAAGAAUCAAAUUGUUUAAUUAUGACAGCAAUAAUAAUAUAAUAGAGUUUAAUGAAGAUGAUAACAACGAAGACGAUGAAACCAUUGUAAUAUUAAAAAUUGACAGCAACUAUUGCAGAAACAUAUUAAAUUUCCCAAUCGAACAUGGAUAUGCUCAACAAUACCAAGAACAAUUAAAUCAAUUAGUAGGAAAGAAUAUUUAUUUUAGUGGGAUCUCAACACCUAAAGUUAAUUAUAAAAACGAAAUUCAUUUAUUUAUUAAUUGUAUAAGCGAACCAAUAUUUAAUUAA